AUGGGUGACUUCAACCCUGGAAUUCGAGCCUAUCGAGACGCGAACAAGGAGACCAGGGCUGGUAUCAUAGCAGACAAUACCGGUGUAUGGAAAGUCUCAAACAUCAGUUCCGUCAUCCGUUCGCUGUUCGCGUUCAGAUUCAGUGGUGCUCCUUGGAAUACUGGCCCGAAUGUCAAAUUGGUCAGAGAAGCAACGCAACUCACUUCUUCCGGAAAGCGUCUCUGUGCCCGACGUACGAAUCUGAUUCGUACAGGUGAUCAUUUCCUCAUGUGGCGGACGACCGAUAAUGGAAGGCUAGACAGCCGUCUUGGAUCAUCGCCAGUAAAUCCUGUCUUACACAUCCUUGAAUCGUUGUCGAUCACCAGAGCAGAGGAUAUGGACAGAUAUGACAUUUCACUUUGGCGGGAAGGAUAUCUCUGGCGGUGUUGUCUGUCGUCUCUGGGUCAGAUGGGUUGCAAUGAUGAUGACGACUCAUCUCAGUUAGAAAUCACUUCAAAUGAGGGCUUCAAUCUUUUUGGUUACGGUGGCAGACGAAAUGUGAAAUUGACAACAGGAAACGGCACAUUUCACAUCGAAAGAGAGGAUGCAGCGUUGGUAAACGGAUCACAAUAUGGCGGUUCAGGUUCCUUCAAAUUCGAUAAAGAAAAAGGCAUCGACAUUGGACAAAACGUCACUGUCGGCAAUCAAACAGUUGUGGGCGGUCCUGGACGCGAGUCAAGUUUUCUGGUCGGUUUACUGGAUGCCUUUCAACGACUCACCGGCAGCUCUCGUCAUUAA